CUUUGCUCCUGACUUGGCUCUUGACACUUGUUUUAUUUCCAACACUUGUUGUGGUAGUGGUGGCAGUGGAUCAGGCAGCGCCGCGGCCAUCCUGCCGCUUGGGGUCCUCAUCGAGCUGCUCCCAGCAUCCCUCGCUCUCUUCCUGGCGCUGGAACCAAGAUGGGUCGUGUCAGGACUAAGACGGUCAAGAAAGCUGCUCGAGUGAUCAUCGAGAAAUACUACACCCGCCUCGGCAAUGACUUCCACACAAACAAAAGGGUUUGUGAGGAGAUUGCAAUCAUCCCCAGCAAAAAACUCCGCAACAAGAUUGCAGGGUAUGUGACGCACUUAAUGAAGCGUAUCCAGCGUGGACCUGUCAGAGGCAUCUCCAUCAAACUGCAGGAAGAAGAGCGAGAGAGGAGGGAUAACUAUGUCCCAGAGGUCUCUGCUCUGGACCAGGAGAUGAUUGAGGUGGACCCAGACACCAAGGAGAUGCUGAAGUUACUGGACUUUGGCAGCUUGUCCAACCUUCAGGUCACGCAGCCUUCAGUGGGGAUGGCGUUCAGGACUCCAAGAAUCUAAAGUUUAUUUCUGCCAUGUUCUUACAAUAAAAAAACCCAAAAGGAA